UCUAACCUGAAGAGGACCCAAGUCUCAGAGCAGCACAUCAACCAGCACUCCAGAGGCACAAGCAGCACUUGCUCAACACUUCAGUCAACACAACAGUCUUACUGAACUUCUACAACAGAACUGACAACAUGCUCUCCAAAGUAAAGAAGGCCAUCACUCCCCUGUCAGCCAUUCGGGGCCUGCACAAGUCAGCUUUGGAUGUGGUGGAGCGUCCUGCCCCAGAGGACACGGUCACCAGCAGCUUUGGCCGCUUUAUCCAGGGGGUGCAGCCUCAGCACCUCUCCCCCACAGUUCUCCAGCGCAGCAAGCGCAUGGUGCUGGACAGCCUGGGCGUGGGCCUGAUCGGGAGCACCACCGAGGUGUUUCAGCUGGCACUGCAGCACUGCCAGCACAUGUAUGCUCCGGAUGACAUCAGCUCUGUGUACGGCCGCAAGAACACAAGGCUCUCCCCGACCCUGGCAGCCUUCGUUAAUGGCGUGGCAUCCCACUCGAUGGACUUUGAUGACACCUGGCAUCCUGCCACCCAUCCCUCUGGUGCUGUUCUGCCCGCCCUAUUGGCCAUCAGCGAUAUGUUGCCGAGCAACAGCAAGCCAAGCGGUCUGGACUUCCUGUUGGCGUUCAACGUGGGCAUCGAGGUCCAGGGCAGGCUGUUGAGGUUCUCCAACGAGGCUCGCAACAUCCCAAAAAGGUUCCAUCCUCCCACGGUGGUGGGUACCAUGGGCAGCGCCGCGGCCUGUGCCCGCCUGCUUUCUCUCGAGCACACUCAGUGCAGCCACGCCAUGGCCAUUGCCGCCUCGCUGUCGGGCGCGCCCAUGGCUAAUGCCGCAACGCAGUCUAAGCCCUUCCACAUCGGCAACGCGGCCCGCCUGGGCCUGGAGGCAGCACUGUUGGCCUCUAGAGGCCUGGAGGCCAGCCCUCUGGUGCUGGACGCCGUCCCCGGGGUGUCAGGCUUCAGCGCCUUCUACGAGGACUACGCCCCAAAGGCCCUGCCAUUGCCUGACAACGACGAGCCCCACGGCUUCCUGCUGGAGGAGCAGGACAUGGGCUUCAAGCGUUUCCCAGCGCACCUGGGGAUGCACUGGGUGGCCGAUGCGGCUGCCACCGUCCACGAGACCUUGGUGGGGCUGACGGGUGGCCGGGUGGCCCCGGGGGCCGUGCGCGAGGUCCUCCUGCGGAUCCCGCUGUCCAAGUACAUCAACCGUCCAUUCCCGGAGUCGGAGCACCAGGCGCGCCACUCGUUCCAGUUCAACGCCUGCACAGCGCUGCUGGACGGCGAGGUGACGGUGCAGUCUUUCUCCGACGAGGCGAUGCAGCGGCCGGACCUGCAUGCGCUGCUGGCGCGUGUGCGCGUGGAGCACCCUGCCGACAACCCAGCCAACUUCGACCGCAUGUACGCCGAGGUGGUGGUGACGCUGGAGGGCGGCGACGUGCUGCUCGGCCGCUGCGACACCUUCUACGGCCACUGGCGCAACCCGCUGAGCAAUGACAGUCUGCGCAAGAAGUUCCGCAGCAACGCCGGCGCCGUGCUCCCCGAGGAGCGGGUCGAGGGGCUCAUCCAGGCAGUGGAGCAGCUGGACCGGCUGGGAGACUGCCAGCCUCUCCUCACCCAGAUCCAGUGAGCGGCAACUUCCCCAUGUCCCACUCCCAGUGUGGGAACCAGAAUCUCCAAUCCUGGUCAUCGGUAGCAGUGUUUUUUUUUUGCACUCCAUGGUUUGGUUUGGUUUGUGCUUAUGCUGUAAAUGUGGCAUUUCUGUCUAUUGGUUGGUCGGUUUGCUUUACUUUCUCUUCCUCAAAGCAGAUCAUACAGUGAAUCACUUCCUUGAAGCCAAACCCAGAUGAUCUGUCAGUCCAGUGUGUAGCAAUAACAGAAAACACAUUACUGAGCAUCGCUUUCAGUUUCUCCUUGUCCACUGCAUUAAUGAAUAUCGGACAAGACAAAAUGAAGACUUUUGUGUGUGCAGCCUGUGAAAAUGACUUUUGGUGGUUGGGUGGUUUGACUGAUGUUGUUACUGUUGUCAUCCUAUGAAUUGAACUGCAGAGUAAAUGUAGCUAAGCUAAUGAGAACACUUGAUAUUUCCUCUUUCGAUGUGUCCUUUGGUAUAAUCAUUGACCGGUCUUGAAACUGAAUUAAAGGUACUGUACUGUGCAGAUGCAAGGUGAAUGGGAAUGUAAAUACAAAUCUACUUUGAAGGUCUCUGUAAGUAAUUUUCUGCACUUUCUGUUGUCAUUGUGAAGUUGGCUUUAUCGUUGUUUUAUAAUUAUAUACUUUUAUUUCAGUCAACAUAUUUAAAUGAAUAAAUACACAAAAAUGAUCUCUAAA